AAGAAGAAAGACGCACGAAUACGACGUCAGAUAGGUAAACAAUAGCACGUCUCACGGCAGACUCAAGAGAUAAAUUAGCUUUAAAUUCACCUGAGUCGUGCUAGCAUAUUUUGUAAUAAGCCUUCGUAAACAUUUGAACUGUUCGUGGCGCUCUAGCUAUAGGUAGCAGGCUAGAUAUCGGAGCUAGCUGAAGGUACGGAGGCUGGUUCCGCUGGAAACGAAGAAUACAUGAACGGCCAAGCGGACGUGGAAGUCGACUACAAGCGGAAAUACAAAAAUCUCAAACGGAAAUUAAAGUUUCUUGUCUAUGAGCAGGAGUGUUUUCAGGAGGAGCUGAGGAGAGCACAGAGGAAACUUCUGAAAGUUUCCAGGGACAAGAGCUUUCUUCUGGACAGAUUGCUGCAGUAUGAGCGAGUAGAUGAAGACUCAUCAGAUUCAGAAGCUACUGUUUCCUCGGAAAACAGUGAAGGGGAAGGACCCAGAGAGAGGGAAAGGGAACGAGAGGGAGCAAAGAAGCGAAAAAGUAGUCCCGGUGCGUGCCUCCCUUCAUCAUCAUCUCCUCAUCUCUCCCUGCUUUCCCGUCCUGGUGUGAACUCCCUGCAGUCAUCCGGCUCUGGGGCCUACCUCAACGCUAUGCCCUUCCCACCAGAGUAUUUGGCUCCCCCAGCUGAACGAAUGAAGAAAGAGAGAAAAACAAAGACGGCAAAAAACAAGAAAGAGACUACGGGGAAGGUCGUUACUUCAAUGGCAGCUAAUUACCCAUCAGGCCCUGCAGCUCCUCCAACAGCCAGUGGCCACUUCAGCUGGGUUCCUAGACAGAUGUUUAGCGGAGAUGCAGCUGAGGAGGAGGGCGAGAGCGACGGAGACAGUGACAGAGGAGACGAAGACAGAGGAGAGGGAGACGAGGCUGAACUCGUCAUUGACAUCCCUAAUGAGUGAGCCUGAGUGUGCGAUUAGAUUUAUUUAUAAGUGAGGGAAAUGUAUAUGUAAGGUUAUGUAAGGUUGAAAAAUAGAACAGGGUUCAAUGUAUUUCUGCAUUGAACAAACAAGUCCACACUUUUGAAAGGAGGGUCAAGCUCCCCCUUGUGGACUUAAGCUUAACUGCAGCAGCGCUGUCCAAACAAUAUCAUCAGUAGUGCGUUUGUGUAAAAUUAUGUCGGGUUAUUGGUCUGUGACAAAAGUGCAGUCUGCAAAGGAUUAAGAAAGAUCUGGAAUCACUGAGCUGGAUGGAUACUUUACUUUGUACAGCGGUUUCAAACUACCUGCUGAUUAUUUUUGUCAAAACAUCCACACAAACUGAAUACAACUAGGUGUGUCCUUUGUUUUUUUUUAUUGCUUAACAGCUGUCUCUGACUUUGUAUUGUAGAAGUGCUGCAGUCCUUUUAAAACUGUUCAACUGUGACAUAAAUGUGUGUGCAGCUUUACGUUUUGUUUACUUGUUACAGUUUUGACAUUUCUCAUUUGUACUCACAGUUUAUUUCAUCAAAUCGGUCAAAAAUUAAAGUGUUUCUUAUGAAUGGGUGUGUAUAGUUUUUGUACCCAUCCAACUGUGUGUCAGAUUAAAAUAAUUUCAGCAGAUUAAAAGUUUUUAUUUAAACUUCA